ACUUUAAAGGGGUAUAUCAGAGGAGAAAAGGACGCAAUAUCUCAAAAUAAUCAAGAAAGAAUUGCUAGAGAAAGAUGGCGACUUCGUCUACUUGGGCUCAGGAAGUGAUCACGUGUGACCUUUGUGACAACCCCACCCAGCAAUUCUGUAACAGCUGCCAGAUCAGUUUGUGUGGGGACUGUAUCAAUAAACAUGUAGAAAGUCUGAAGUCAGAAACACAUGACAUUGUUCCAUUUAAAGACAGAAGAGAACGGCUCGUAUUCUCCUCAUGUGCUUUUCAUCCAAACCAGAAAUGUGAGGGACAUUGCCAACAAUGUAAUGUCCCCGUCUGCUUCAAAUGUCUCACAGGUCCCCACAGUGGCCAUUCUGUCAAAGAUAUGUCAGAGAUUGUGCAACAGAUGAAAGAAGAAAUCAAGAAAGAAACAGGGGAAAUUGAGUCUUUAAUUUCAAAAUUCGCUUUAAGUGGAACAAAAACUGAUCAAAAGAUAUAUAAUUUGACUGAAAAAUUUAAAACAAUCGAGAGGGAGGGAGAAAAUCUGAGAAAAACCUGGCAUGAAGAAGUGGACAGCAUUUUCGACGCACUACAGUCAAACAUUAGGGCAACGAAGGACAGAGGACUCACAACUCUCAGCUCACAUAAGUCCAUGCUUCAGAAUUCAGGGGCAAAAUUAGCACUUAUAGCGAAAGAGAAGAAGAAAAUCCUAAAGUCCAAUAAAGUGUCUGAUGUCAUAAGCUACGAAUCAAUAUUAAAGACAAUCAGAGACAUUCCUACAGAUGUUCAUGUAACAAUUCCUUCCUUGAAAUUCAACAAAAUCCCGGGGAGAGAACUCAGCAUUGAAUUAGGAGAAUACAAGGCUAUACUGACGCAGACAUCACUAUCCAUUUUAUCUGUGAGAAAAUUAUUGGAGAAAGCUAAAGUUAUUGCUAGCAUUCCUUCUGGCAUAAAUCCUUUGGGUCCCAUUAUCUGUACUGGAGCCAGUGAAGCUUGGAUUUGUGGUGGAGACAAAUUCGUAAGACGUAUUGACAUACAUGGAUCUUUGAAAAACAAGAUCACUACCGAAUGUGACUCUUAUCCGGCUGACAUUUCAGUGACAAGGCAAGGAGAACUGAUAUACAGUGAUACUAACAAUGGAACUGUGAAGAUUGCCAGACAGUGGAGUAUAGAGACACUAAUCACUCUACCUCAGGGAUGGUAUCCAGAAGGACUGUGUUGCGCCAGAACAGGGGACGUAUUAGUUAGUAUGUGUACACCUGAUAAAACUCGUCACAAACUACUCUGCUGUCAGGGACAAAGAGCUACACAAGAAAUAGAUAAAGAUAACUAUGGACAAAGCAUAUUUAAAGGUGGGCAAUAUGGGUUAUACGUGGAAAAGAAUAACAAUGGAGACAUUUGUGCCUCUGAUAUGAAUGCUAAGACAGUGAUAGUGAUGGACAAGACAGGAAGAGUCCGAUUCUGUUACGACGGAACACCAGCCAGAAGGAACGGUCCAUUCCAACCUGCGCACAUUGCUACUGACUCACUGAGCCAGAUCAUCAUCACUGAUUAUAUUAAUGACUGUCUUCAUGUUUUAGAUCAGAAUGGACAGUUUCUCAAAUGUGUUGACAAUUGUGGACUUCGGAGUCCUGCUGGACUGAGUGUGGACAGUGAGGGGAGGUUGUGGGUAGGGUGUUAUAAUUCAGGUGAUGUAAAAGUGAUCCAAUACCUGGAGUAAAAGAAACAUGAUCCAUCACGAUACGUAUAUAUAUCCCAGAGUUAUUUUUUUUAAAGAACUAGGCGGUCGAAUUGCCUAGAGCUUUAAUGUAUGAAAAUCAUAUUUAAUUACGUAAACUUACAUUAUGUAGUACUAGUAUUCAGAGCAAAAUUCGUAAUAAUAUUAAAAUGUGUGAACUUAUAACGAACUCUGCUUUCUUCUUCGCAAACUGUUUCAUUAUGAAAAAAGCAUUGUAGAUUCCCUAUAAAUUGAACCCAAACCAUGAUUUUCUUGACUAUCAAUUAUUGUUAGAGGUUGACCC